ACGCAUGGCGGCAUUUUUAGUGAGCGCGCGAGCGGCAAACGGUAAACAACAGCUGCUGCCAACGCAAGGCAAACAAAAAAUAAAAGAUACUAAAAUUAAGAAAACAUUGCAACAACGACCUGGAAGACGUCAACCAAGUGCUGCAUUAACAGCAAGCGCAGAGCAGAAAGGCAAACCAAAUGUAUCUGACGGAUGCGCGAAUCUUCAGUGUGACAAAUUAAAUAAUUACGCAAAUUGAACAGCGAAUGAGCAUAAGAAGAGGAGAAGGAGGAGAAGGAGGACACAGAGAAGCAAGAAGAAGUUGGUAAUUGCUAACUGUGCCAAUUGGAAGACGCAGGAGUGCAUAAAGCGAAUCUCAACAUGAGCCCAAUGGCAACGGCAUCCAUUGCAUAACCGAGAACAAGAGGAAGAAAAAGAUCCAAGAACAUUAUUCACCAUGAGUGGAGGCGCCUUUCUGGAGUCAACGAGCGUGGCGGCACGACACAAGACUGAUAAGCAGCGACGCAGCGCAGCGAGCGGCAGCGUGGCAGCGGGAAUUCAUGGAAGGGGACGCAGCAGCAUUGGAAGUGUCAGCGCUGUGCUCUAUAAAUCAUUUCGCGAACGUUUCAUGAGCAGCGCCAGCGCCAUUGGCAGCGGCAGAGGCAGCGGCAGAGGCAGCGGCAGCGACGCCGGCGGCAACUAUCGUGUGCUGCGACAGCGCGAUGCAGAGACUGGAAUUGUGGAUAAUGAGUUGAGUUCAAAUGAAAGUUCAUCAGACGAUGAGUUGAGUCAGCUGAGCAGCAGCAGCGUCGAGGAUCUGUUUGCCAACGAGAAAGAGCGACGAAAUUGGCGACAAAAGAGACCAGAGCGCAGGAGAAGAGCAACAGGAACGAGACGAAAGAACCUGGUCUAUUCCAAGGAGAAGAAACGCCGAGUGCGGAUCAUAUUGAGCAUUGUUGGUGCCGUUAUUGCUGUAGCCCUAUUGGCUACUAUGAUAGUGUUCAUUGUGGGAUCCGGUGAUGGUAGCGGUGAUACUGAAAAGACAGGGGAUAAGGCCAUCAAUCUGGAGGAUGUGUUGAGUGGUCAAUUAUAUGCGAAACGCUUUAAUGGCAGCUGGAGCAAUGGGAAUACAGUGAUAUAUAAGACACUUGCGGAUAUUGUGGAAUUGGAUACGAAAACGCAGGUGGUCACGACUCUAUUGUCAAAUGCAGCCCAUUAUUUUCUCUACGAAAAAUCUGCAGAUGGUCAAUACCUGCUGUUGGCCAAGAACUUUAAGAAGAGCUUCCGCUACAGUUUCCAAGCCCAAUAUGACAUCUAUAGCCUGAGCAAUAAAUCUUUAACACCGCUGACCAUACAGAAUCAACAAGUCUUUGUGAGCAUGGUCCAAUGGUCUCCGGUGGGAAAUGCGCUGAUCAUCAACUUCGAUCGCAAUUUGUACUAUAAGAAGAGCGCUCUGGAUGACGAGAUUGCCAUUACAACGACAGAGACUGGUAAUUUUCUGAAUGGCAUACCCGAUUGGGUGUAUGAGGAGGAGGUAUUCGGCUCAAAUGUCGCCACCUGGUUCAAUCCCUCGGGCACUCAAAUCGCCUUCAUUCAGUUUGAUGAUUCGCCAACGCAUGUCAUCAAUUUCCCUUACUACGGCGAACCGGGAGAUGUGCGCUUCCAGUAUCCAUUGCAUCACGAGAUUCACUAUCCCAAGGCGGGCUCAUCCAAUCCUCGUGUUGUUCUCUUUACGGCCGAUCUCAAGCGUGCCUUGGCCGGCAAUGAGUUCCUUACAGCCAUGCCGAUUCCAAGUACUCUCAACACUGAAACUGAUUAUAUUGUCACCGUUGUCAGUUGGUUGGAUGACAAUAAUGUACUUUCUAUUUGGAUGAAUCGCAUUCAAAACGCUGCCUAUGUUGUAACCUUUGAUGGACGAGGCCGAAAACAGCUCUACAGCACGGAAUCGAAAACUGGUUGGGUUGAUCUGUAUACAGCUCCCUUUAAGAACCGCAAUGGUUCCCGCCUGGCCUUUGUGCUGCCCCAUGAGAACUACAAGCAACUGCAGCUGCUGUCGACAGAUGUGCUCAAUGCAGAGCUGGAGCCACUGACGAGUGGCAAAUUUGUGGUGGACAGCAUACUCCACUGGGAUGCGUCGCAUGACAUCAUCUUCUAUACAGCGAACACGGAGGAGCAUCCAGAGCAACUGCAUCUCUAUGCGAUUCGUGCGGUAACGACUCGAAAACAGACGCCAAAUUGUCUGACAUGUAAACUGAUGACAUCGGGAGCUGUGGAGCAGACAUACUACUCGGCCAUCUUUAAUGACAAUAACCAAAUUGUGAUUACAUCCUUGGGACCGGGAAUACCUACAACUGCCAUCUAUGAAUGGAGCUAUGGGAACUCUCAGGUUACGUUGAAGAAACUUCUCGAUUGGGAAACAAAUCAGGUACUACGUGCCAAGCUGGAGGGCGUGGCUCUGCCCACACAUAAGAUACUCACAGUCAACAUUGAUGGGGGAUUCCAGGCUAAGGUGCUGCUUCAAUUACCCCCCAAUUUGGAUACAAGCGGCAAAACAAAAUAUCCCAUGCUGGUCGAUGUCUACGGCGGACCCGAUUCCUAUUCCGUGACCAACAAAUGGAUGAUGGACUGGGGCACUUACCUCUCCUCAAAUCAGUCUGUGAUCUAUGCCAAGAUUGAUGGACGCGGUUCUGGAUUGCGUGGUGAAACUCUAUUGCAUGCCAUCUAUCUACAGCUGGGCACCGUGGAAAUAAAUGAUCAGACUACAGUCACACAAAAUCUGACGAAAUUGUUUAACUAUAUAGAUGCUAAACACGUUGGCAUCUGGGGUUGGAGUUAUGGUGGCUACGCGGCUGCCAUGGCGCUGGCUAAUGAUGAAAACGAAGUAUUCAAGUGUGCCGCCUCCAUAGCACCUGUCACCGAUUGGACCUAUUAUGAUUCUAUUUAUACGGAACGUUAUAUGGGUCUGCCGGAUACGAAUCAGGAAGGCUAUUCCAACUCCAGGCUGAGCACGCGUGCCCAGAAACUACGGGGCAAGAAAUAUUUACUUGUUCAUGGCACAUCCGAUGAUAAUGUCCACUAUCAGCAGGCCAUGAUAUUGGCCAAGAAUCUGGAACGCCACGAUAUUCUCUUCAAGCAAAUUAGCUACGCCGAUGAGGAUCAUGGACUGAUCAAUGUGCGUCCGCAUUUAUAUCAUUCUCUGGAUCGUUUCUUUGGCGAAUGCUUUGCCAGCAGUCGCCUCAUGAAAAGCGCCAAAUAAAUAUCUAGUUAAUUAAGACCUUAAAUAUCUUUUAAAGCUUGCAAAGGGGAGUUAAAAUUAAUAAAUUCAAUUAAAUUAUGAUAUGAGAUGAGCUAAAUCUAAUUGGUACUUAAAAAGUUGAAUUUCAAUUAAACAAUACAUAAAUAAAAUCAAUUACAUGAUGUAGUUAAAAUAUGCUUCACAAAAAAAAAACAAAUCAACGCAGGUCCAAACAUGUUAUAGGAUAACUUGGAACAAUAAUAUUUGAAAUUGCAUUUUAAGAAAUUUUAAGCAUAAAAUACAAAAUAUAUUUAUAGAUUUAUUAACUAGCGUAGUUAGAGCCUGUUAAAUAGAAACUGAAUAUAACAAACUCAACAUUUCACAACUUAAAAAUAAAAAAAAAUUAAGGUACGAUUAAUUCCUAGAAAUCUAUGAUCGACAAAAUUUUUACAAACUCUUUGCUCAAAUUCGAUGCUAGUGAAAAUUAACUGCUUAAAAAUGUUAAUAUCUUUGCAGAGUGUAUGAUUCCAUGACCAUAACCAUAUAAUAGAUAAAUCGUCACUCUUUAUCUUAUACCAAGGGUAUUAAAACUUCGGCAAGCUCGAAGAUAUCUUAAUUAACGGGGGUUUAAUUGUCGAACUAAGAAAAUCCUGUAAAUUUCGCCAGCUGAAAAUAAUUAGUUUAUUCUAGCUUUUUAAUUUGCCACAUUGUAAUAAAAAAAAUCAAAAACUAAUAAAGGAAACUUGUAAAUAAUGGCUUUUUGUAUAUUAGAUUGAAAUUGUGUAUAGGCAACAGUUGAAAAAGCAAACUAUUUAAAUAAUAGCAAAAAAUCAAUAAAACCUUAUAAUCAC